AUGAGUAUGCCUCAAUAAUAAGUAGAUUCCCACAAUUAAGUUAACAAAAAUAGAUAUUACGAAAUAGCAGUUAUUUUAUUUAUUAUCUCUAUAGAAAUUAUAGGCUUUAGCAUAGCUUUUUCUUCAUAUUUUGAUUUAAACUAUUUAUAUGAAAUACUUUUCGGACCUAUUGGUGCUUUACCAAGAUAUAUUUUGAGCACUAAACUCAAUUACUUAUUUUCUUGUUUUUAACUUGGUACACUUUUAUCUAAUUGGUUUGGAACUGUUAUUGCUUUCAUAUUGUAAGUCACAUGCAUAGAGAAGUCUGUAUGCUAUUAGAUCUAAUUUGGUUCGAUGGGUUCUCUUUCAACAGUUUCUUCAUGGGCCAAUGACACAAUCAAUAACUUUGAAAAAAAUAAACUAAGAUCAUUACUUUAUAAUUUAGGAACUUUUGGAGUUUGCAUCAUAUCUGCAAUCAUAGUAAACGAAUUAAGUAAAAUAAAUAAUUGA